AUGUUGUCGAACCCGUUCAUUCGGGGUCUCACGGCUCUCUCACUCGCCGUUACUGUUGCAGCUAAAGGUGGUCAACAUCGCGUGAAAAGAGUAAGCGACACCAAUGCAGGGGAGCUACAUGACUUCCAAGUGUAUCCACCUGUUUUGACUGCGUCGGCGAACGCAAAUGGGAAAAACGAGUACGGAUGCGUUGUCACGCAAACUCUUAUGGACUAUGAUUUUGCAAAUAGCUAUGGCAGUCCUUACGUCGGAUUCUAUACGCCCCCGGACUGUGACUUCAACAGAGUGGUGAUCGAGUUUACCUUGACAUCCAAGGGCAGACAGUACGAUCGCCUGGCUUUAAUGUACUUCAAUUCGACAGAGAUCUGGCGAACAUCUACCGCUGAGCCAACUACAGAUGGAAUCUAUUACACAUACACAAAGGAGAUGCACCAAUACCUAUCGCUGUGGAAGGAACCCCAAAAGCUCAUUUUUGACUUGGGAAACAUCGUCAACUCGGAGUACACCGGAAUCUUGAACACUACUUUGACGGCUACCUUCUUCACUGUCCCAGAUACUCCUGCUGCUGCUGAUAAGAUUCUGCCGAUUUCUCGCCUGCUUGGAGCCAGCAAUGAAAGCAGUGUGGCUGUGCUGCCUAGUGAGAAAACUGCUGUCACUUACACUCUACCCCGGAAUCUUAAGCGCGCAGUGAUCAGCGUCUCUGCCUGUGGACAGGCCGAUGAGGAGUUUUGGUAUCAGAACACCUUCUCAUCUGAUGUCGAUACCUUUGAGGAUGUUUCUGGGGCUCUAUAUGGUGAUGGACCGUGGCGAGAGGUGCAGGUGCUCAUUGAUGGGAUGCUUGCUGGUGUUUCAUGGCCAUUCCCUGUCGUCUUCACCGGUGGUAUCGUUCCAGGAUUCUGGAGACCGAUUGUGGGUAUCGAUGCAUUCGAUCUACGUGAGCAUGAGAUUGACAUUACGCCUUUUAUUCCGUAUCUCUCCGAUGGAAAGCCUCACACCUUCGAUCUUAUCGUUGUCAGCAUUAAUGACCACGGCGGAGACUAUGCAACCAUUUUAAACUCUACCACUGACUCCUGGUAUGUGACCGGCAAGAUCUUCCUGUUCGAGGAUGAGAAGGACCAUAUCACCACAGGCUCCAUGCCGGUUAUCAAAGACCCGCUCCCCUCUCUACAAAUCACGCGUUCCAUUACAACCAACUCUACCGGAUCGAACGAGACGCUCACCGAGACUACCACUGCAAAGCGAUCACUGCUCAUCACUAGUCAACUGAAGACAUCCAGCGGGGAGAAAGAGGUCUCUUGGAGCCAAGAUAUUUCGUACGAAAACUUCAACCAGCUUACAGAUUACGGCUGGGUCCAAAGCACAACCCAGAAGACCACCGGAACCGAUAAGACAGGAUCGGGCAUUGGAUAUUCUCUGUCAUAUGAGUACCCCUUCACCUGUGACUGGUGGUACUUUGAAACAGAUGAAGAACUUGGGAUUUUUGGCAACAUCAGUCGAUCGCUCACUUUCGAUGUCUUGGGUCCAGCCGUGUUUCCCAAUGGCGUCCAGGCGUCGAUACUAGAUACCGCGGCUGAAAAGAGUCAAUCCGGGCUGUCAAAGGUCGAAGAAACUUUUGCCAGUGCUAGCCUUGGUUCAAGUUUGCGAACGUCACAAUCGGCUACUGCAUCCUACUUCAGUGAUGACUCCUCUACGACCAAUCCAAGCUAUAGCUUUGGAAGCCUCAACCAGACAAUGAGCUUCCAAGGUGUUGGAAGCGAUGGAAGCGUCGAAAUCUACAGUCGGGAUGUCGCCGUGGUGAACAGCACUAUUACUCACGAUCAGACGCUGUUUGAAGUGGGAUCCUCGAAAUAA